CGACCCUUUGCUUUAUUCAGACAUCUUCAAUUCACUUGCGUGGAGAUCAUCCACAGGCCAAUGAAGGAAUGAACCUCACAACCAACAGAAGCCAAUUCUCGGUCUCUUCGGGACUGAGCAAUGGAGAUGACCGUAAAUUCAGUUUGGGGGGAUGUAGCAGUUAUGAUAAUGACAGUGUGGCCUCACACAGCUCUGUGGUCUUUUCUGGAUAUGACACAUUGGAUACCCCACCAAGUUAUGACUUCUAUACUAACACAGAGGUUUUUGGGAGAGCAAAGAAAUCAAGACCUUCUCUCUUUCAGCUUCACUCCAACCCUCAGGAUGACCCAUCUCCACCUCCUCUGUAUGAGGAGACGAGUGUGGACAAACAGAGCCCAGAGGAAGACGAAUCGGCAGAACCUCCUCCAGAACCAAUGCGUUUUGGAUGGGCUCAGGGAGUCAUGAUCCGCUGUAUGCUGAAUAUCUGGGGAGUUAUUCUGUACCUGAGGCUUCCCUGGAUCACAGCUCAGGCAGGGAUUGGUCUGACUUGGAUUAUUAUAUUGGUGUCCUCCUCUAUAACGGGCAUCACUGGCCUGUCCACAUCAGCCAUUGCCACUAAUGGAAAAGUUAAAGGAGGUGGAACUUAUUUCCUGAUCUCUCGCAGUUUAGGCCCAGAGCUCGGAGGUUCAAUUGGGCUCAUUUUUGCUUUCGCUAAUGCAGUGGCUGUGGCCAUGCACACUGUGGGCUUUGCUGAAACAGUGCAGGCUCUCAUGCAGGAUAGUGAGGUUUGCAUGGUAGACCGACUUAAUGAUAUUCGUAUCAUUGGAGUGAUCACUGUCACCUGCUUGUUGGCUAUCUCAAUGGCUGGAAUGGAAUGGGAGUCCAAGGCCCAGGUCUUGUUUUUCAUUCUCAUAAUGGUCUCCUUUGCCAGUUACAUUGUGGGUACCAUCAUGCCAUCCACUACACAGAAGCAAGCCAGAGGUUUUUUCAGCUACAGAUCCGAUAUUUUUGCGGAUAACUUUGUGCCCGGCUGGCGUGGACCAGAGGGCAGUUUCUUUGGCAUGUUUUCCAUCUUCUUCCCCUCAGCUACAGGCAUCCUUGCAGGGGCUAAUAUCUCUGGAGACCUGAAGGACCCUAAUAUUGCUAUACCCCGUGGUACAAUGCUGGCUAUUUUUUGGACCACUAUGUCAUAUCUCAUUAUCUCAGCUACUAUUGGCUCCUGUGUAAUUCGCGAUGCUUCAGGUAAUUUAAAUGACACCAUUCCGCCUCCAUAUGAAGACUGCUUGGGAGUGGGCUGCCACUAUGGCUGGAACUUCAGUGAGUGUAUGAACAACAGGACCUGCGAUUUUGGACUCAUCAAUAAUUAUCAGACUAUGAGCUUGGUGUCAGCUUUUUCUCCUCUGAUCGCUGCUGGCAUUUUUGGAGCCACUCUUUCAUCAGCCUUGGCUUGUCUGGUGUCCGCCCCUAAAGUGUUCCAGUGCCUUUGCAAGGACAACCUGUAUCCAGGCAUUGGUUUUUUUGGGAAGAGUUAUGGGAAGAAUAAUGAGCCACUGAGAAGCUACAUGCUAGCCUACAUCAUCGCUGUAUGCUUCAUUCUUAUUGCUGAGCUGAACACCAUUGCUCCCAUCAUCUCCAACUUCUUCCUCUGCUCCUAUGCCCUCAUUAACUUCAGUUGCUUCCAUGCCUCCAUCACUAACUCACCAGGUUGGCGUCCAACCUUUCGAUUCUACAGCAAGUGGCUGUCUUUGCUUGGAGCGGUGGUGUCUGUAAUCAUCAUGUUUCUCCUAACCUGGUGGGCUGCUCUCAUAGCCAUUGGCAUAAUCAUCUUCCUGCUGGGAUACGUGCUGUAUAAGAAACCUGAUGUUAACUGGGGCUCUUCAAUGCAAGCCAGCUCAUACAACAUGGCACUAUCUCAGUGUGUAGGUCUGAACCAAGUAGAAGACCAUAUUAAGAAUUAUAGACCACAGUGUCUUAUUCUCAGUGGACCGCCCUCUAUGCGUCCUUCCCUGGUGGAUUUUAUCAGUACCUUCACCAAGAACCAGAGCCUGAUGAUAUGUGCAAAUGUCCUUAAAGGGGGACACUCACCUGUUGCUGUGGACAGCAGUACUUAUAUAAGCUGGCUAAACAAGCGGCGCAUUAAGUCUUUCUACCACACUGUAGUGGCUGAUGACCUUCGCGUUGGUGUACAGAUGUUGCUCCAGUCUACAGGAUUGGGUCGGAUGAAGCCUAAUGUCCUAGUGAUGGGAUAUAAAAUGAACUGGCGUAAAGGUCAACCGAGCAACAUAGAAAACUAUAUUGGAAUUUUGCAUGAUGCAUUUGACCUGCAAUAUGGUGUUUGUGUCCUUCGGAUGAAGGAGGGUCUUGAUAUAAGUCGAACAAUAAAGGCGCAUGUGAAUCUAGGGUUUGAGACAUCCACUGAAAAGGUACUUGACACCAGGACCUCCACUUCUACUACCACACCCACAAUUGACACAUCAUUGGAUCCUGAGGCACUGAUGGCCGUGUCCCAGCCUGCCACUGUGUUUCAGUCUAGACAGGGCAAGAAGACCAUCGAUGUGUAUUGGCUCUCUGAUGACGGGGGUCUGACACUAUUGGUGCCAUACCUCCUGACCCGUAAGAAGCGAUGGGCUAGAUGCAAAGUGAGGGUGUUUGUCGGAGGUGAAGUUCAGCAGAUUGAGGAACAGAAACAAGAGCUAAAAACUCUGAUCGCCAGGUUUCGUCUGGGUUUCCAAGAUAUUCAAGUCCUUCCUGACAUCAAUGGAAAACCACAGUCUGAGCACAUAAAGAGAUUUGAAGAUCUCAUAGCUCCAUAUAGAGUAAGUGCAGUCCAAAAGAAUGAUCAAGAAGCAGAUGAGACAACGAAGGAAUGUCCCUGGAUGAUGUCUGAUGAGGAGGUGGAAAAGUUCAAGGCUAAGUCCCUUCGACAGAUCCGCCUGAAUGAAGUUAUUCAAGAUUACUCAAGAGAUGCUGCCUUAAUUGUUGUCACCAUGCCUGUAGGGCGGAGAGGGGCAUGCCCUAGUGCCCUCUACAUGGCUUGGUUAGAGAUUGUGUCCCGUGACCUUCGACCUCCCGUUCUUCUUGUCAGAGGAAAUCAGGAGAAUGUGCUGACACAGUACUGCCAGUGAGCGCGACCUAUUCCAGACAAAACUGUCCAGAUGCCUACAUCCAAUGGAAAGAUACUUGUCAAUGUUAAAUUGUUCAAAUCAACUUGUUAAUAUGUUAAAUCAUGGCAGAUUUACAUGUGUUUACUACUUGUUGUGUUGUUUAUUCAAAAUGUUAAUUGCAUGUUUUAGUGUUUUUCUCCUGAAAAAAGCAAAAGACUAAUGAAUUUUCUCUUAAAACCAUAAAUCACAUUUAGUUACAAGCCUAAUAAUGACAUUACAAGCUUCUCUGUUGAUUCUGAUGAUAAUAAUUCAACAAUUGAACAAUUAGCAUAUGUAUAGACUUGUUCUCUUUUUAACGCCAAAUGUUACUAAAUAUAUAUUUAACCCUUAUAUUGUGUUUCAGUCAAAGCUGACCAAUGAAUUUUUUUCUUAUUUUUUUCAUCCAGUUUUAUCAGCAUUGCUUUUUUGUUUUUAGCUAAUUUUCAUAAAAUGUUAUUGGUUUAUGAUCUACUUAUCACAUUAUGUUGUGUUUGAGCUUGUUUGAAUCGGUAUAAUCUGCUGUAAGUUACAAAUUGUCAUUGUCUAUGUUAUAUGUAUGUUUUAGUAAGUAAUAAGGACAAAUGUGACAAAAAGACACUCCUAGUUAUUAUAUUUAUGUGUGUUAGUGGGAAUUUUAUACACUAAUAAUCAUUGCAGUUUGGCCUCUGUGUGAAACAAAUCUGCUCAAUGCAUUUUACUAAUCGAGACCUUUCCAAAUAUAUAUAAAACAUGACUACGACAUCUAAUCUUUUUUGUAUGUUUUUAUCCAAUGCUUUUAAUCAAAUCUGCAAAUGAUGUAUAUAAUUGUCUGAAAAUUAAAAAGCAUAAAAAGCAAUUGGUUAUAAUUUUCUACAUUAUUAUUAGAAAACAAAUGUUUACAGGGUGUGCCACCACUAGCCCAGUAAAACUCAGUUUAAUGAAUUCAAUAAUAAAAAAUAAAAAAAAUACAUGCAAUAUAAAAAAUAAAAAACCUGUUAUAAAAAAAAAAAAAGUUGAAAAAAGAUCUAAUGCAUAUUAUUGGAAUAAUAUGACCAAAAUUAAAGAUUUAUUAACAAUUUUAGUGGGCUGGUCAGUUUUGACUGAACACAAAAGGUGUUUGCACAAACGAAUACAACACAAGGGUUAAUA